CCCGGCUGACAACGAGGGGAGCGGGCGGAGGGGGCGCGGGUCCUGGCCGGCCCUGCCCUGCUCGGUUCCCCCGGGCGCCCCGACUGCAUGGUCGGCCCCUGGGGGAGGAGAACCGGGAGACCGCCCCCGGGCGCCGAGGGGACGGGGGGGAGCAGGAAGCCGCGGCCGGGACCCGAGUCCUUAGUCACCGGGUGCCGGCGGGAGGAAGGGGAAGAAAGGUGGCCGCUGGCUUGUAAACAAUAGCCCGGCUCGCAGCGCCCCGUGCCGCGCCGCCUUUGUUCCCGGUCCCGUCGCGGCUCCCGCCCGCUGCCGCCGCUCGGCGGGAGGAACCCGGGGGUUUCCCCGUUGCCGGCCGGCCGGCGCGGUGCCGGGCGCAGCCCCAGCUGCCUCCGGUCUCAGCUUCAGGGGAAUACUUGCUCUAUCUGCUGAAGUACACCAGGCUGGGGUUUUUUUUCUCAUCACUGAAAGUACAUUAAACAGCUGAGCAGAGAAAGAAUGUAUACCAGCAUUUGGAUAUAAUAAUACAUGAAACCAGCCACGUUGUCUAAGUUUAUUUUGGAGAAAGAAAAUUUCAUUAGCACUUAACGACACUCUUCCCACGAAGCAGACACAGGAGGGAAAAACAUCACUUUAAAGAAAUCUGAAGAUGAGUGCCCACACGCAAACUGCGGAGAAAGGACAGAACACGACACUCCUGUGCCAGGAAAGCUAUGUUUGCAGUGGGACAGAUGAAGCAAUCUUUGAGUGCGAUGAGUGCAGGAGCCUGCAGUGCCAGCGUUGCGAAGAAGAGCUGCAUCAGCCAGAGAGGUUGCGGAACCAUGAACGGACCCGUAUAAGACCCGGCCAUGUCCCAUACUGUGACUCCUGCAAAGGUGCCAAUGGGAACAUAAUGCACGCCAGUAUGACAGGCUCGAGGCAGAUAGCAGCGGUGAGGUGCCAGGUGUGCAAAAUCAACCUCUGUGUGGAAUGUCAGAAGAGAACACAUGCUGGGGGGAACAGAAGGAAGCACCCUGUCACCGUGUACCAUGCUGGCAAAGCCCAAGAACAGGAAGAGGAGGAGGGGAUGGAUGAGGAGACCAAGAGAAGGAAGAUGACAGAGAAAGUUGUGAGUUUCCUCUUGGUGGAUGAAACUGAGGAGAUUCAGGUAAGGAACGAAGAAGACUUUAUUAAGAAACUGGACUGCAGUCCUGACCAGCACCUAAAGGUAGUGUCCAUCUUUGGGAACACAGGGGAUGGCAAGUCUCACACCCUUAACCACACUUUCUUCUAUGGCCGGGAAGUCUUCAAGACGUCUCCUGCCCAGGAGUCUUGCACAGUUGGAGUUUGGGCAGCCUAUGACCCGGUCCGCAAAGUGGUGGUCAUUGAUACUGAGGGCCUCCUUGGGGCCACCAUGAACCUGAGCCAGAGAACGCGGCUGCUGCUGAAGGUCCUGGCCAUCUCUGACCUUGUCAUCUACCGUACUCGUGCUGACAGGCUCCACAAUGACCUCUUCAAAUUCCUUGGUGAUGCCUCGGAGGCUUAUUUAAAACACUUCACCAAGGAGCUAAAAGCUACCACAGCCCGCUGUGGCCUGGAUGUUCCUCUGUCAACUUUGGGUCCAGGUGUCAUCAUUUUUCAUGAGACUGUGUACACCAAGCUACUGGGCUCUGAUCAUCCUUCUGAGGUUCCUGAGAAGCUCAUUCAGGAUCGGUUUCGAAAGCUAAGCUGUUUUCCUGAGGCUUUCAGCUCAAUUCACUACAAGGGAACAAGGACAUACAAUCCUCCAACAGAUUUCUCUGGGCUUAGGCGAGCUGUGGAGCAGCAGCUGGAGAACAAUACUACUCGGUCACCUAGACAGCCUGGGGUUAUCUACAAAGCACUAAAAGCUCUAAGUGACCGGUUCAGUGGGGAGAUCCCUGAUGACCAGAUGGCUCACAGCUCUUUCUUUCCAGAUGAAUAUUUCACAUGCUCCUCUGUGUGCCUAAGCUGUGGGUGUGGCUGUAAGAAGAGCAUGAACCAUGCAAAGGAAGGAGUCCCUCAUGAAUCCAAAAGUCGAUGCCGAUAUUCUCACCAGUAUGACAACAGAGUCUACACUUGCAAGGCCUGUUAUGAGCGAGGGAUGGAGGUCAGCGUGGUGCCAAAAACCUCCGCUUCCACGGAUUCCCCUUGGCUGGGCCUUGCCAAGUAUGCCUGGUCAGGGUACGUGAUCGAGUGCCCCAACUGCGGGGUGGUGUAUCGCAGCCGGCAGUACUGGUUUGGCAACCAGGACCCUGUGAACACUGUAGUGAGGACAGAGAUCGAGCACGUCUGGCCAGGGACUGAUGGAUUUCUGAAAGACAACAACAAUGCAGCCCAGCGUUUGUUGGAUGGCAUGAAUUUCAUGGCUCAAUCAGUAUCUGAACUUAGCCUGGGACCCACAAAAGCUGUGACCUCCUGGUUGACAGACCAGAUUGCCCCAGCUUACUGGAGACCCAACUCUCAGAUUCUGAGUUGUAAGAAGUGCAACACGCCUUUCAAAGAUAACGACACAAAGCAUCACUGCCGGGCCUGCGGAGAGGGCUUCUGUGAUGGCUGUUCUUCCAAGACCCGUCCAGUGCCUGAGCGAGGCUGGGGACCAGCACCGGUGCGCGUGUGCGACAACUGCUAUGACAACAGGGGCAUCCAGCUAGAUGUGGCUGAACUGCCUUCAGAUGAGGAAGGGGGGACACUUAUUGCCAGGAAGGUGGGGGAAGCUGUGCAAAACACGCUUGGAGCGGUGGUGACAGCCAUGGACAUUCCCUUAGGUCUGGUAAAAGAUGCUGCCCGACCUGCAUACUGGGUACCAGAUCACGAAAUCCUGCACUGCCACAAUUGCCGGAAGGAAUUCAGUAUCAAGCUCUCCAAACACCACUGCCGGGCCUGUGGCCAGGGAUUCUGCGACGAGUGCUCGCACGACCGCAGAGCCGUUCCCUCUCGCGGAUGGGAUCACCCGGUCCGAGUUUGCUUCAACUGCAAUAAAAAGCCUGGUGACCUUUAACCCCAGGCUGCUCUCCAGAUCUUUGCAAUUCCUUAUGUUCUCAGGGUUACAAAUGAAAAUAUCUGGUCUCCCUUUCACCUUCUAACCUGUUGCAGCCAGAGUGCAUGUUUCCAGUUUCUGGCCUCCUCUCGUGUUAUAUCCAUCUUGGAACGCUGGGAAUGAGCUCACAUUCAGCCUCUAGGUUUUAAUUUCAAAUUAACUGGGAAAGGGAGGGAGCUCCCUUGUAAAUGAGCAAACCAAAACCCAUUGUAUUUUAUUCCAAUAAAAACCCCCUCUAUAUAUAUAUAUAUCUAUAUAUCUCAACUAUGUAUAAUUUAGUAUAUUAAGAAUAUGGUUGAAUAAUGAAGCUUUGAGUAUUCCUAGUUCAAAUGAUGGAUGGUGGUGUUCCUUACUGUAUUGGAUCAGAAUUAUGGCCUUCUAAUUCUUCUUUUGGAAUGUCUUGCUGAUCGUGAUGUCAUGUGAGGAAGGUUUGGACUCUGUGCUGCCAGGAAUCUCUGAUGUUGAUUCAUGGAUUACACCUGGUAGUUCAACCAACUCUGCAUCUGGAGGUGCUGCCCUUCUGGCCAUGGAAGAUUAAUCCCAGAUUUAUUAGCAAGUUUGUUUGAACUGUGAUAUGAGCAAUGGUCUUGCAGUGCAAGAGGUAUCAAGUUAACACAGACUCCCUGGCAGAGCUCUGAAAGGUAAAGCAAAUCCUAUGGCACAAGGCAAAGCAUUCUGAUUUUGCCAUUUCAACUUCAAUACCAGAUCAAAAGGUAGCAGGGUUUUUCUCUCCCUGACAAUGUUUUCAUGUACUCAGGUUUUCUUCAAGUUUCUCUGCAAGGUUAUUGCAGUUAAAAGUUUUGUCCAGAGCAGAAGAAGAGAACAAGUUUUGUAGGCAAUUCUGAGAUACGAGGUUUGAGUUUGGGUUGUGAUGGCUUUCCUUUUCCCCCACUUUUUAAGUGAUCCUAUAGUCUCUGAAGCCUCUGUGUUCUCAGAUAUGGUUGCAUAGAAACUGCACAGAUUUGACUUACUUUCUUCUAAUAAUAUGAACUUACAAAUCAACCUGGAAAAUGGGAACCUUUCUUCUUUGCUCCUAGCAACUGGCACUCACUGGACUUCAUCCUUUUAUGAAAGGACUGCAAUGAAUUCACUGAUUUUAUUAUGAAAAGCACCACUUAACCUAACUUACACUGUCGUGUACUGUGGAUUUAUGGUUCCACUUACAAGAAGUAAGAGACCAUUGUGGAUUAAACUGCCUAAAAUUCUCCCUUCUUGGCUUACACAGACAAGAAUUCUUUCACCACAUGAGAGUUACCUCCUCUUGGAGUGGCUGGAGUUUAAUGCAGUGUCUUGGAACUGUGGUAUUUCUUCCCCAGCUUAUUAAAUGUGCUGUUGUGUAGAUGAGUGCCCAACACCCUGUUUUAAGACUGUAUUAUUUAAUUAACUGCUAUAAAGAACUUUAUCUUCUGAACAAGCGUACUGACUUUCCUUGUAACAAGCGGUUCUCACUUUGUCUCUGAAAGAACAUGCUCACAAAGUGUUUGUCCCUUCACAACUACACCCAGCCUACACAAGGAAGUAGACUUAGAAGAUGCUCCAGGACACCUUCGGUACUGGCCAAGUUUACUGCGGACUGUCUUAUGUUUUUGUAAGCAAAAGUCUGCCAUAAACUGACAGUUGUCCAAGUAAGGGCAUGAGUAGGUAGAAAUCCUCUCUUAAAAGACAUUCUGUACAUCUAGCAUAAUUCUGUGCUUCAAAGUAUUCUUUAUUUUUUUAAUGGGUGAGCAGUGUGUUCUUGGUUUGUAGGCUGUGCCCUGUGUGCUGUUUAUGCAUGUAGCUUUACUACCAUGUUAAUGCACAAAGAAAAAGCAGCCAUGACAUUCCUUGUAUAAAAUCUUUGGCAUCUGUUUCAAA